CGGGCUUGGCAAUGGCAAACGACCAGAACGCGCGUCGGCAACGCGCCAACGAUCAGCACCGUCGAUCCUAUAGCAAGCAGUGCGCCAGGGUUUCGUGCGCCAAAUGGAGCGUCGCUCUUAAAACCCUCCCUUCUCCCUUUCUACGCCGCGAAGCCAGCAGAGCGGAAGAAGAUCGACCCAGAUGGCCUUCGUCAAAACCCAGAAGACAAAGGCUUACUUUAAGCGUUUUCAAGUGAAGUUCAAGAGAAGGAGAGAGGGGAAGACUGAUUACCGUGCAAGGAUUCGACUGAUCAACCAGGAUAAAAAUAAAUAUAAUACACCCAAUUACCGAUUUGUUGUUCGAUUUACUAACAAGGAUAUUAUCGCACAAGUGAUAUCUGCCAGUAUUGCUGGUGAUCUGGUCCUUGCAGCUGCUCGUACCCAUGAGCUCCCUCGUUAUGGUCUUGAAGUGGGUCUUACUAAUUAUGCUGCAGCCUACUGUGCUGGACUUCUCCUGGCACGCCGUGUCCUUAAGAUGCUUGAAAUGGAUGAGGAAUAUCAGGGGAACAUAGAGGCCACUGGAUUGGACUUUUCUGUUGAACCUGCUGAGAGUAGGAGGCCUUUUCGAGCUCUGCUGGAUGUUGGCCUUGUGAGGACAACAACAGGCAACCGUGUAUUUGGUUGUCUCAAGGGAGCAUUGGAUGGUGGUCUUGACAUUCCUCAUAGUGAUAAGCGAUUUGCUGGUUUCAAGAAGGACGAGAAGCAACUUGAUGAAGAGGUUCACAGGAAGUAUAUCUUUGGUGGUCAUGUUGCUUCUUACAUGAGGACUAUGAUGGAGGAUGAACCAGAAAAGUACCAGGCACAUUUCAGUGAAUAUAUUAAGAAGGGAAUUGAGCCUGACAACAUGGAAGAGAUAUACAAGAAGGCGCAUGCUGCCAUUCGUGCAGACCCAACAAUGAUAAAAUCCACAAAGGAAACCCCGAAGGAGCAUCAGAGGUUUAACUUGAAGAAGUUGACUUAUGAGGAGAGGAAGGCUAGGCUUAUUGAACGAUUAAAUGCCCUUAAUGAAUCUGCUGGUGCUGUGGAUGAUGAUGAGGAUGAUGAUGAGUGAAAGUGCAGUUUAUCACCCGUUCUUGCCCAAAAGUAUCUUCCGGCAUGCUACACCCCUGUAGUUUUUUAAACUUGUCAUUUUGCUUAGGCAGAUUUUUGUUUGCUAUUGGAACAUCAUUUAUUUUUCUAGAUUCAAUCCCCAGCAGAACAUUUCAAAUUUUGACCUAAUGCUAACGUUAAAUUCGAUUCCAACAGAUAUCGGUAAUUUCUAUCUGUUUUUUAAUGAUUCUAUUCCUA